AUGACAGCACUUGGGGGCUACUGGGGGUCGCCGACAAGCAGCAUUGACUGGUGCGAAGACAACUACGUGUGGUCCUACUAUAUCGCCGAGUGGUGGAACUCGUGGAGCAACGUUCCGCCACUCGUCCUCGCGCUCUACGCCCUCUACAAGUCACGCGUCGCCUACGCCAACGAGUCGCAGCCCAUGGUCAUCCGCGUCGCGUACCUCGUGCCCGUCGUCAUCUUUCUCGGUUCGUUCGCUUUCCACGCGACGCUGACGUACGCCGGGCAGCUUCUCGACGAGCUUCCGAUGAUGUACGGAACCUUGUACUUUCACUACAUUAGCCUCCGACACCACUCUGGCGUCAAGGCGAUCUUUGCUCUCAUUGCGUUGGGGCUCACAGUCGUCCUCGCGAUUGUCGGGCACGCCCCGUUGAUCUUCCAGAUCGCCUACAUCGCUUUGACGCUCUCGCUCAUCGCGCGCAGCAUUACCAUGAACAAGGAGCGCAAAGACGUGCGCCACACGCGCCUUUUGCAGCUCAGUGCUACCUUGCUCGUUGUCGCCUUUGUGCUCUGGAUCGCCGACCAAGUGUUUUGCCCGUCGGCCAAGCAGCUGCAUUUGCACGCGAUUUGGCACCUCCUCUCGGGCGCGAGUACCUUUGUGUGGAUUCAAUUCGCGUGCGCGUACGAGCUGAGCAUGCACAAGAAGCGCCUUGAGAUCACGCAUGUCAUGUCGAUCUUGCCCUAUUGCACGCGCCAAAAGAACUCAACUGCGCCGGCGCGUGGCUGGUAA